AAGUCCUGAGGUCACAAAGUCAAUGAACCGUCACUUCGCCAUACUCGAUACUCAGCGCUCGGUCCUCCGUCAUGUCACCUCCACACCCCGCAUCCUUUCCCCGCCGUCUUAUCUCCUUCAAUUGCCAAUAACUCAUCGAGUCAUUGAAAGGAGUUCAUGUGCGACAUCUUCCCGGUUCCGUCAUUGGUUGUUAUAUCCUGUGUCUUCGCUUUUUUUUUGUUACUUCUGUCUUCGGUUUCCUCGUGCGAGGAAGGGUGUGUUAUUGAAACCCGCACGGAACACGGAACGUCAAACUGCUGCGGUACUAAGUAUACUGAGCUUUUAGUCCUAGUGGGUCUCGGCCCAUGCUCAUUCUGAAUCCAUUUCGCGUAUAUCCCCCGGUUUGCUGGCUCAUACCGAAACAAAGAAAUAAAUGUACAUUACUACGUGUUCCAACGUUCAAUGGUCGCAUUCUUCCUCCUCAUUUUCCU